AUGGGCGACGUGGUGGAACGAAGGACAUCAGGUCUCAAGGCUCCAGUUCUGCUCCUCACGGGUCACGAAGGUGAAGUGUAUUGCGUGGAGUUCUCCUCAGAUGGCCAACUCCUGGCCUCAGGCGGUAAAGACAAGAAUGUCUUUUUGUUCGAAGUCUACGGCGAGUGCCGUAAUAUUGGUGUACUGAGUGGGCAUAAGAAUGCCAUCUUAGAGCUUCACUGGGGUGCAAAUGGAGAAAAUUUGUACUGUUGUUCCGCUGAUCACUGCGCCUCCCUCUGGGAUGUCGAGUACCAGAGGCGCCUGAUAAAAUAUGUUGGCCACACCGGCAUAGUGAACAGCUGCUACCCUGCGCGCAGUGUUGUCGGGGGCAUGCUAGUGACCGGUGCAGAUGACGGAACUGUGAAGGUCUGGGACCACCGCAGCAAACGCCCGGUAAAAUCCUUGGAACAUGAUUUCCAAAUUCUCUCCGUUUGCUGCGAGCCCUCAGGAGAGCGAUUCUUUUGCGGCAGUCUCGACAACACAAUUAGGGUUUACGACAAUCGCAGCGACAAAGAGCUCUUCAAAUUAGAGGGUUGCACAGACUCGGUCACCAGUCUAGAUCUGAACCAUGAUGGGACCCUACUGCUAUCGAACUCCAUGGACUCCCGCCUGGUGGUGUGGGACGUUCAACCGUUUUGUACCGAGAGUAGUCGUGUGAAGACGGCGCUUUUUGGACCCACGCACUCAGCUGAGAAGAAUCUCAUCCGCGCUCGUUGGGGUAACGGCACCAUAAUAAGCAGUGGUUCCGCCGAUCGCUUCGUAUACAUUUUGGACACGAAAGACAACAAGCUGCUGUACCAGUUGCCUGGCCACUUGGGUUCAGUCAAUGAAGUCGUGCUUCAUCCAACUGAACCUAUAGUAGCUUCUGCUUCGUCUGACAAGUGCGUAUACCUGGGGGAACUGCUCUAA